AUGGCGACAUCUAGCGGCACUGAAGUGGGGGUAGAGGUCGAAGAAGAGGUGGAGUACGUAGAAGAGGUAGUCGAAUACGAGGAUGAGGAAGUCCUAGAAGAGGAGGAGGAAGAGGAGGAAGAGGUGGACUCGGGCAAGCAACAGAAGUCGUCCGGGACCGCGGACGCAACUGUUAAGACGGAGAGGAGCUCUUCUCCAGCGCAAUCUUUUGAUGAAGCCCCAAAGGAUGGACAGCAGGAGACAGCGCCAAGGAUUCCCCCCAGCUCUACUGCGCAAGAAUUGUCCAUCGACUCAGCAAAGUCCUCCUUAGCACAGGCCGGCGAUUCUGAGGAGGCUACGGCAACUGCUCAAACUGCGGCUGAGCAAUCCGAGCCCAGCCAGUCCGCAGGCGCAGGGGUGGACCUAGAUUUUAAGCAGCUUGAAGCGCAGGCAGCCAAGGUGGCGAAGGAGGUUUCCCAUCUCGCUCUCGACGUGUCCAGCAAGUUGACUGCCGGUCUGCGCUCCGCCUUUGGUGGCGCUGAGCAGGCCUCCGCGGGUGCUGGCGCCUCUCUUACCAAGCUGGCGGGAGGCCUGACGAGCUGGUGGGGCUCCCUGGACCCGGCACCAACACCGGCCAGGGACGAGACAGCGGAGCUGGUUGCCAGUGCCAACAAGGCAAGGUGUUGUGGGCGGGCUGGCAGCGAGGCAAGCGGGGAGCUGCAGCAGCUGUUUGGACUUUCUGCCGAGGAGAAUCUUGUGGAGCACUUCAAGUGCAAGCUGCUGCAGACCUACUCGUGUAACCACAACUCCCACACGCCAGCCAUUCAGCUGGCCUUCCAAGGUACGCUGUAUGUCACGGACCGCCACACGUGCUACUGCGUGGAGGAGCGGGGCCGCAAGGCGCCGUUCAAGGUGCCGCACAGCCUGGUGGUUAAGGCGACCAGGCAGCGGCCUGCGCGCAAAGGCGAUCUGUCCGAUGUGCUCAAACUGGACCUGUCCAAUGGUCAGUGGCUGUCCUUCAAGGACUUUGACAGCGGCUCAGCACUGGACAGCGCACUGGCCCUGGUGGAGCACCUCACGGACAGCAGCUGAGGCGCCAUGCUGCGUACCACAAGACGUGUAGGUAGUACUGGCGAAACGGAGGGUCGGUUCCUGGCCGCUCUGGGCUCGGCAGGGGGGGCAAGGGUUUAGGACAAUGCACAGCCGGUGUGUGAGGUUGGGGCUGGGGGGUUGACUAGGGACCAUGCGAGUCGCUUGGUAGGCUGGGUAGGAUACUUGGGAAUCGGGGAGGCCCCACGGAGUCUGUACGGGUCGCAUUUUGCAGGCCAUGCAUCGAAACGGGCAGCAAGGAUGGGCCAGCUGUACAAACCGGCAAAGAUGGGAACAGGAGUGUGCGAGAAAUGAAUUCAUUCACGGAGGAGCCAGGCAUGUGGCCGGCUAUAUCAAGCUCUGCGGCGUAGGUUCUAGGCUCAGGGCAUAUCACGCGCGUGAUGUGAUGUGGUAUGUUGGGAAGGCACGUGGGAGAUGGUUAUGAUAUUAAAACGUUCUGUUGUUAUGGCAGGGGUGAUAAUAAGAAUCUAGUGCCGUGAUGCCUGGCUGGUGCCUUCACUAGCACAGGAGCGCAGGAUAAAAUAGCCGGCGGGUGGCCUGGUGGAUUGUGCAUCGACUGGUUCUUGCGCGGGCUACCUAUU